CGCCGCUUGCCGGCAGCGAACGGCAGCCGUCAGAGCGGUCGCGGCUGCCGCUCGAGAACGGGGCCAGCGAACGCAAGACGCGGUUCCACCUCGAAGCGCAAGCGAGGGCAGCGCGCGCGCCGCUCCCUCCAUCGGUCGCCGGCGGCGCGCGAGGCGGUGUGCCGGCGGCGGCUCGCGCCGUCCGCCGCCCGACCUCAGUCGCCGUCGCGGACAGCGGCCGGCAUGCGGAGCGCGGCCGGCACUGGCGGCAGCUCCAACGCUAGCACGGGGCUCGUCACUCAGGGCUACGACGUCUGGUUCAAUGUCGACGCCGCGACGACGCCCGCGACCGCCGCGGCGGCUGCGGGCGUCGACGGACCGUCGCCCGUGCACCUGCUCUGCACCAGCCUCGGGGCAACCGUCGGACUCGUGCUCAACGCGUACAUUCUCGUGGUGCUCUUCUGGCAGCGCCAGUUCCGCACGGCCAACAGCUUGCUCCUUCUGCACCUGGCGUUCGUCGACAGCGUGUUCUGCCUGCUGGUGCUCGGGUCGAAUGCCGUGUUCGGCGGGCUGGCCGCCCCGGCCGACGUGAUCGACGCCUCGGGUGCGUGCUACGUGCAGGGCUUCCUGUGGGCCGUCGUGCCCGCCGUGGCGGUGUGGACGCUGUGCGGCCUCAGCUGUGACCGGUACGCGGCGAUCGCGACGCCGCUGCACUACUCGCGCCUGGUGAACACGCGGCGGACGUGCGCGUUCCUCGGCGUGUCCUGGAUCGUCGUGGCGGGUGCGGCUGUGCCCCCGCUGGUGGGGGUUUGUCCUUACUUGUACGGUCCGUCGCGAUGUGUUUGUGUGGCGGCGUGCGCGGACAACGGCCAGGACGUGCAGGCCGGGACCGCGACUUCGUCGCCCGUGGGACUGGGAUACGCGCUGAGCUACGUGUGGCUGGCGCUCGUCUUCCCCGCGUCGCUGAUCGCCGCCAGCAACCUGCAGGUGAUGCUCAUCGCGCGGACGCACAGACAUCGCAUCGUGGCCGCCAUCUACGAGGUGACCCUUCGGGCCCAGGCGACGGUGACGCACCAGCGCAAUCCGUGGUACCUGGCCCGAUUCCGGGGUCGCAGUGCGCUGCUUUCGACGGCGCAGCUGGUGGCCUCCCUUGCACUGCUGACGGCGCCGCACUUCGCCCUUCUCCUAUGGGAAGCAUCGACGGGCCGCCGCACUCCUCCGCUGCUCGGCUCGGCCACUACGGCGCUGCUGUGCUGGAGUCCGUGCGCGCACGCGUACGUGUACGGCGUGCGCAGCCGGGCACUGCGGCAGACUUUCAAGGACCUGAUACGGAGGCACGUCUACCGGCAACAGGUAUGCCGUGAGGUUGCCCGUCGUGUGUCCGCUGCCAACGGCGGGACACCCGGUCGACCCAAGCUCAUCCGUCGCUUCUCGGCCCCCGACGGCCUGGGCUCCUCCUCGGUGGUGGUGACCAACGCGCGACGGGCGCUGCCCCGGAGGGCGUCCGAGAAGUGCAUGCUCCUGCGGUCGGGCAGCAGCAGCCUGACGGCAGCUGGCAACUGCGGCAUCGGUGGCGCGGGCGCCACCGUGCUGUGCCCGGCGAUGCCUUCGACGGCGCCGUCGACACGCCGCUCCCUGCUGAUGCUGGAGCCGGCGACGAAGCCCAGCAGCAGGGCCUCCGUAUUUCCCCUCAUACUGGAGCACGGCCUCAGCGAAGAGGACGAACGGGGACCGCUGGGAGGGGGCCUGCAGACCGACGACGACGACGACUACGACGACAUGUCGCGGUCCAGGUCGCCGCCGUCGAGGGCCACGCCCGACUCAACAGAAACGAGGGCAUUCACUGUGUGAGCAAAGAGGAGAGGCGUUAAUGUCCAGAGCCGAGCACAGUGGAAGCUGUUGCGCACCUUCUACGUCGCCCCGCAGCUGCCGGAGAGCCGUUGCAGGUCUCGUGGCUCUCCCGAGGAACUAGCAGCUACAAGGUGACCGGGAAAGCGAAGGCGCCAUAGGAAAGCCAUGGGACUCGCGCUUGCAUCAAAAUACCGGGGCAGAGAGUGCUCAUGGCAACUUCUCACCGACGUGCAACCAAGGACAUCUAUGCUGCGACGUCGCAGUGUUUUAAAAAGAAUUGUCCAAGUGUAGCAGGCCUAUUAAUGCCUGCUUGUGUGUGGACAAAACUGGGCAGGACCAUCGCAUUUACGGAGCAUGGCUAACAAAUGCCCAUCCAUAGUUGUAGAUGAACAUCACCUUUCGUGUCAGCCUGGAUAAGUGCGAGUGGAGACUGGUGGUGUAGUGCCGCGAAUGAGGGUCGUUUUUGUUCUGAAAUACUGCAAUGUGAAAGAUGCGGCAGUGAGUAGACCGAUAGAUGAAAGUUUCGUUUGUCGAUGGCAAGUGUAGAAGUUGUGAAAGACUCAGUUUCGGCCACUAUAGCGACAUAGCCUUGUUCAUUCCUACAUUCUAGCACUCAACCACCAGGGCCCGAAUACACCAAUCUUCCUCCUACGUAAGAGGGAUCUGUUACCCGCGCGCUCACGAAACCCUUCUGAAAAGAUUGCAGAGAAGGCGUUAAUGACAUAGAAAUCGCACCCUACGCACGCUUCCACAAAAAAAAAAUUCAUAUGCCUCCAUAACUGCCAUGUUAAAUGAUGUCAUAUGAAAUAUAUAGAAUCCUAUUUAACCGCUCGUAUCUUCCCAUAUGUCAUGCGGGGUAAUUGGAUAUCACAAUUCUGGGGAGUAUUGGGUCGUUCGAUAGCGGCGUUAGGGAGUUUUGGUGAUUCUGGAGCCCUGGUACCCACUCCUGCGCAUGGAGACAGCGGAGUGGGCAUGAGGGAAAAGAAAGAAGCUUGACGGCUUGCUGGGAACAAGGUUGUGUGUUUUCUCUGAAGCCACUCGACUCAUAAGCACUCCUAGUAGCUUACGGUGCAUACUCAGGAUACCGUUCUCUUUCUCCGGCAUGCUUCAAAGCGGUGUCGCUGAGACUGAAAACUGCAUGCCUUUAUGAUCAUACUAAAGGCAGCACUAAAUUGCCUGAAUUGCAGGUCACAAUUUUAGCAAUUCGCAUGUGUGCGUGAUGGGGAUGACGUGAAGUCGGACCAACGUUCCUUAAUAAUAUGAGGCGGCGUGCCGUUCCAGACAGCGUUAGUACCGUUCUUACGAAGAACAUUGCCUUUGCAGUUUUGCAUCAGAAAGCUAUACGUUGAGGUUGACCUAUUACCAUUGCUGUUUGCAGUGUGAUUAAGGAAAAAGUAUUUCCUGUACGAUCACUAGCUCUUCGCAUCGUCUGCAUUUUUGGAAUCGCUGUGUGUGAAAUCACAUUAUUGUUUAAUUUAUUCUUAGCACUAGAUCUGAGCGUUGUUCGAGGCAGUUGCAAACAUGGUAGUAGCUGUGAAAACGCUGCUCUCGGUAAGCUACACGAAAGUUCGCUUGUGUAAUUUUUAUUCGAAACAAAACAAAAAGCGAUGAGAAGGGCGCUGAACUUGCGUUAUCAACGUGAUAAAAGCAAUCCCAGAACACUGAUGAUUACAAAAAUUUGCGGUAUUUUUCCUCGACAACUGGAACUAGUUUGCACGAUGCAUGUGGCGAUCCUUAUUGUAAUACGUGUUACGGUGUAGAAGUUCUUCACGUUUAAGUAACUGAUUUUGUGCUCCAACUGAAUGUACUAUUCAAAAACCGAAACUUAUUUAAUGAGGAAUAGCGGUGUUGCACCAGAAGCACCCCUAUAAUAAGUGAUUCAGCAAUCCUCGGGAGAUGGCUUAUGGAAGUAGUAGCAUAGAAACGAAUGCCAAGCAACGUAUUGUUGCUUGUGCUCUUUCUAUUAGAACUCUGCUGACGCAGGACACGGAAGGGCAGCUGCGAAGUGCAAGAAAAGAAGCAGUAUAUUUUUGUGAGUGGGAGGUGCAAAUGAGCCGCUGUUGCCAAAUCAUCUUUUGUGGGUCAUGCACUGAAGCUGCGAGGCAGCAUCGAGUGUAUAGGUGGUCCGCGAUCGGUCUGUGAUAUCAGAUCAACACCUCAAUAGGACAGAAUAUGCGGUAGCCACAUAUACUAAAGUGUUCCGUGUCUUCAACCAGCUGGGGUUUGGCAGUGGAAAGAAGUAAAUGUCGUUGCUUGAGUUAGAUAAGUUAUGGAUACAUACACACUGACACUGUAUUAGCAGUCGUUCAGGAGGCGAACAUAUCGCCGGGCUUCUUGGACCUUCUUUGAGUGGGUGGUGUAACUAUUUGCGAGUAGCAUGCGCAGAGGUUUUAGCCCCGUCAUGUUACCGUCACACGGUAAGUCAGGCAGGGCUGUCGGUGCCACAAGGAGUUAUAUAAAAGCUGGGAGAAUACGUUGUGGAAGUAUUGGGCAGCAGCAGUUCUUGCAUAUGUUUGCGUUAGUAAACCCCACGGCACCUUCCAUGGCUUAAGGGAUCAAAUACGGGGCUCAGCGUCUGUGAUAGAGGAAUCUCUGUCACUCUUCUAAUUCCGCUAUAUCAAACAGCGGCCCGAACAAGUACAUUAUUCUUUAUCGAGGUUUCCAGCCAGAAUUGUCGACCGUGCAGGCGUACAUGCUAUUGCUCUUGGAAAUACAUAUUUUGUGGCAAGUUACGAACCGUCGCACGAUACUGAUAUCGUGCCAAAGAGCCUCCUAUUAGAGUGUUCCUUGUUGAUGUUGUUGUUGUUGCUGUUGUCGUUUAUGUCGUCAGCAUCGCAUGUUCUUGUUAUGGGUAUGCUGUCUUUACAUGGUGUAACGAGUGAACUAUUAUAUGUCCCCUUACGGCUGUUCGCAAAGAUUUUUGUUCGUGAAAGGUUCAAUUUCAUAAGGGAUAAAAACAAACAUUUUGACUUCGCAGGGAAGACUUCUGCAUGUAACCCAUCUGCACUCGCGAUCCCAUUAACCUGAUCCGCAUAUUGGCUAUUCUCUGUACUGGAAGCGUUCGGGUUUCCAGGCUCUUUUUUUUUUUGCAUCCGAAGAGGCACAAGUCGCGUCGUUACGUAAAGUGCGCUAUUGAUGUGGAACAUGCCUCAACUGUGACCUACCACUGUACACCCUUUCUUAUUUAUAAAAUAUACACUCAUUCUAUUGCAUUCGUUUACGCCUCAGAUCGAAAGCAUCGCCGGUGAAGAAAAUUCAGAUUUCCGCAGAACUGGUUUGCCGUAUUAAGUGUCGCAGUGCGUCGCAUUGUCGAUUAAUUCGGGCUCGCUCUGCGAUCUCCUAUCCUCCUGGUUAGCUGAGUGGGUAGAGCAAUCGCUCCGUAGAGACGUUGGUCUGCUGGUCAAGACCUGCGCCCUGGAGAAUUUUUCCUCAACUAGGAAGCUUUCUUUCAAAGUAACUGCUAUGGGUUGUCUAUGUAGCCUCGUGCGACAGUCGGUGGUCACAAUUCUUCCCUUUCAUGAACCGUACUCCACCUUGCGGGAAUCCGCAAAACUAUUUUGCCAAAUGUGUUGCGGUUACGUUCUCUACGCAUUUAGAGGCACUGAUGCUCGCGUCACGCUUUUUUGUAUAUUUAUGUUAACCACGGCAUGAUCCCUAAGCUGCCACUUUUGCUAAAGCGUGCUUCAGUUUAAUCAUGCUUGCUUCCUGCAAUAUCGUCCAUAUUGAUUAGCGGUGUGAAUCAUCGUCACUACUUGCUUUUACUUUAGUUUUUGUUUACGUCCAUGGCCUUAAUCGUCUCCUCCUAAUAACUCAUAAUGCAGCCAAGGUUACAGCUCAGCGCUUAUGGUGUUCUGUAGGCACCCCAGAAAGCGCGUUUCACGCACCGGUUAUCAGUCUCUGUUAGCAUAACCAUCAACUUUAACGAAACGCCACCUGAUGGGUCGUUCACCCCACUGGAUAUUCUUCCACUUUCGUCGUAAGUUCAGCGCACCAGAAAUAGACAGCUGAGCUGAUGUUUAGGCUCCAUCAUGUUGUGUGGCACUGUGUAAGAAAUUUAUUUUGUACCUAAUAUGGCCUCUUGACGAUAGAGAAUGCUCAGAAAUCCAAAAGAAGUCCCUAACUUACAACUCCUGUUAAAAUCAUUAUCAGAGCCGACAAACCCGGCUCCAUGCUCCGCCCGUCGAACAAAUCGCUAAACGUGUCCUUUGAGCUUAAUCUCACAAACAAGGCACGUUGAAGAUCUGAUAUGCCGACAUGCGUCUCGGUAGUAGUUGCCGCUUCUGGUUAUUUCCUGGUUCAGCAAUGGUUAGCAUUCAGCGUCUUGCUUAAUGUUGAAAAAAAGAUACGAUGCAGCCACCAUGCCUAAUUUGUAGCAAAAAAAAUACAGGGGAAAUAGGCAAACAUUAUUGCUUUCGAAAAAUAACGCUUCAACUGAAAAAUGAAACUGGUAUCAGAUGGAUGCCAGUAUUUGGUAUAAAAAUGUUUCACAGGCAGUCCAACUUUCAAAUAUUUGAACUUUUUGCCAAAGAGAGGUGUGCGUACUAAGCAAAGGUGAGCUCUCAUUUUUGAAUAAUAUAUGCGUAGUCACAUUCAAGGAACCGUGGUCAUCACAGUGACUGGCUCACUACUACGCGAAGUAUAAUUAGGCACAAUUAAGCGUGUUCAGGCUAAAUGAAUGCUUCAAAGUAUGUUUGAAGUUUUUACGGUAAUUUCACAGCACUAGUGCUAUGGUUAGGAUCGCGUUGCUUACUGCAUUUAUCCUUUCUACAAGGUGUCCCUUGCCCCUGGUGCAUUCGUCGGCUAUGCUACCGAAAGCACGAAAAACAAUGUCUUCUCCAAAUAGCAUAUAAGAACAAUUUGAUGAGUGCUGCGUCGCCCCCAGUAAGAACCUUUACGGCUCAUCAGAAAUAAUUGCACUUAGCAUUGUGUCAAACUUGAAACCGAAAUAGCCGAACGCUAUUAAUGGUCAUUAAUGUGAGGGCUUGAGUAAUUAGCUUCAGAGAUAAUGUCCGAUCGCGUGUAGACCGCGAUCAGAAUUACGAAUCCUAGGCGGCGUCGUUUUAUGUAUUCCGAAAUCACUCUUCAGCCGUCUUUGAGAUCUCCGUGUUUUCGCACACGGCGAGAUGCGCCGCGAACCUUGCGGAGUUCAUUUCGUUUCGUCUGCACGUGGUGUCACGAGAGGUGCCGCGUGCGAGAGGCGGCGAACUGACUUGUGAUAAAUAACACCAUCUCGCACAGUUUCUAUUAUGCUUUAUUAGCGUGAGAAGGAAAUGACGCGGUCGGUUUUGAUAGCGUUGGCAGUCAUAUCGUGCUAUUGUUCCUGCGUAUGUUCCGCAUGCAGGUACACGUCUUC